UGCGCUCUCGUCAACCUUGCUCCGUUUCCGCGGUCGGAAUACCAGACUGGGGAUCCGGGCGGGAUGGUGUUGCGAUGUCAGGUUGAAGUGUUGUAUUUUGCAAAAAGUGCUGAGAUAGCAGGAAUUCGCUCGGAGACCAUUUCUGUGCCACAGGAAAUAAAAGCAUUGCAGCUGUGGAAUGAGAUAGAAGCACGACAUCCUGGAUUGGCUGAUGUCAGAAAUCAGGUGAUAUUUGCUGUCCGUCAAGAAUAUGUCGAGCUUGGAGAUCAAGUCCUCCAGCUUCGGUCGGGAGACGAAAUUGCCAUUAUCCCCCCCAUUAGUGGAGGGUAGUGCUCAUGAGCCACUUGGGGAAGAGCUGAAGGAAGUUGAAGAGUCAGCUAAAGAGAUAAUAAAAUUCACCACUGAGAAGCUGUCCAUAGAUGAAGCCUCACAGUUGGUGAUUUCUCCACUCUGUGGUGCAGUAUCCCUGUUUGUAGGGACUACAAGAAAUAACUUUGAAGGGAAAAAAGUCAUUAGCUUAGAAUAUGAAGCAUAUCUCCCAAUGGCAGAAAAUGAAAUCAGAAAGAUCUGUAGUGACAUUCGGCAGAAAUGGCCAGUCAAACACAUAGCAGUGUUUCAUAGACUUGGCUUAGUUCCAGUGUCAGAAGCAAGCAUUAUCAUCGCUGUGUCCUCAGCCCAUAGGGCCGCAUCCCUCCAAGCUGUGAGCUAUGCCAUUGAUACUUUAAAAGCCAAGGUGCCCAUAUGGAAAAAGGAAAUGUAUGAAGAAUCAUCAUCAUCUUGGAAAAGAAACAAAGAAUGCUUUUGGACAACCAGUGAUUAAGUCACACAUUUUUUAAAGAAUACUAAAAUUAAAUUUGUUGUAUUUUAGUGUACGGUACAUACCAGACACACUCACUGGUGGUAGUCCCGUGGUAAGCCGCCCUGACAGCUUGGUUCACCAGAACUGAGAUGGGCAAGGUUGAGGAAAGCGUUUGAGAGGUCACCUGAUCUGGGAAUGGGACACGCUUGUGCAUCGAUGUAGAUGGAAGCAUGUGCCACCCAACCUUUGCAUUAAUGUGCCGUCUCUACAGUGAAGGCCAGUCGGUAAGCUUGCUCUGUAUCUUUCCUAACACAUAAUAACUUCAGCAUAUUUAAUCCUUAAAAUGUUUAAACCCUCCUGCUUACUACUAAACCUUAAAAAAAAAAAACCAAACAAACAACUUCAGAUGACUGCUUAGGCAAGUUGCAACAGUUGGCCAACGUUUUUUCCUCUCUCUUCCAAGCACACAUUUUAUUUCACGUGAGAAGUUGUGCUUUAGAGCAGUGCUUCUCAGACUUUACUAUGUAAUGUAAUAUGAGUCAUCUGGGGAUCUUGCUAAACUUCCCACUGGCGUUCAGUAGUUCUGGAUGGCACUGAGACGCAUUUUGUAAUAGGCUCCAGGUGAUGCAAUGCUGCCUAUCUGUGGACACACAUUGCGAGGCAAGGUUUUACACCUAGUCCUUAAACCAUGAAGGUAGUUUAAGGUUCUUACAGAACAUCCUGUGGUCACUGCUAGUAAUUUAAGAGAUUAGUUACAUCCUUCCAAUUCUUACUUUGCUUCAGAACACGUUCAAGACUCCAUCAGAGUGUGUAAGAUAAAUACAGUGAAAUAAAUAUACGAGCCAUAAAAUUAAAAGUCCAAAGUAAUAGAACUUUAUUUUCAAAGCUAUUUUAAUUAUAAUAAUGUGGUAUAAAGAGUGUUUACAGUUAAAUAACACUUUUGCUUGAUUCUCAUAUUUGAGUUUUUCUCAUAUGAAUGUUGAUUACUUUUCCAAUUCGAUUUGUUUCUCAGAAAUGAAUUGUACAAUUAGAUGAACAUGCAUACAUUUUUAUAUUUUUUGUGGAGAGAAAAAAGGCAAAAACCAGUUAAUUACAUCUUAAAGAUUUAUACUUUACAUGAAGGAAAAUAUCCAAGACAGUUUCUCUUUAAAAAAUAUACAAUUCUAACAUAGUUGUGCAAUAUAUACAUUUUUGACUUUGCCAAAAUCCAGUACAGAUGAAACCAUCUUUUUGUAUUUACAUAUGGCUACAUUUUCAUUAAGGUUCAAAGACGUGGUUAACAUUUUUAUUUCAAAUUUUACCCUCAUGUUUAUCUUUUACCUUUAGAUGUUUAGCCUUUCAAAUUGUUUAUAAUGGGUAUGCUUAAUGUACAUGAGGGGCAUAAUCCCGAAAAGUCAUGGGUACAGGUAUUUUCUGUGUGCAAACUGAAAUACCAAAGAUGGGCCAGGGAGCUCAGUUUGAGGGAUCCUGCUUUCUGUUUAAUGUCUUGAGAUUUUUAAUAUAUUAACUUAUAGCUGCAUAUCAGAAUAGAUAAAUACAUUAUAAAAUUAUACCUUUACAAUAGCUUUUAGUAUAAUCACUUGUGUGAUUAUGAUAAAUUGGUUUUAGUUUUCAUUUCACAGUUAAUAGAUAACUUCUAUUUUAUAAAAAGAACACUGCCAGCUAGAAAAAAUUUCUUUCUAGUUGGGGAGUUCUUUUGCUGCUAAAAUGAAUGAUGCACCAUUUCAAGUCUUAAGGCAGCUUCCUCACAAACUAUUUUACUAUUUUCUAAAUGGCUUAUGUGGCAGCCAUGCACAAAGCAACUGUUUUUAAUCACAUUCUACAGAUCUUGUCUAUAUACCAUUUAUGAAAUGGAAACUUUAAGAUGGUAUCUCUUAAGCCCCAUAUUAUACUUACUUUUAAAACAAAAGUGUGGCUGAAUAGGAAUACAUAACUGUUUAUUUCAAGCAGUGGGUUUUGUUUUAAUUUCUUGGAAAAAUCCUUGCCUUUGCUUAAAAGUGCUUGAGAAAUACUAGAGCCCUGCCUCAAAUUUUGAUCUGAUGAUGGAAGUUGUGUAUUUAUAUUAGGCCACUUGCUCUUAGUGUAUUGGGGUUCUCAAUUGGGUGAUUUUGCCUCCCAGGAGGCGUGAUACAAUGUCUGGAGAUAUUUUUUGAUUGUCACAUCUUGGGGCAGAGGAUGCUCCAUGCCAGGGAUGCUAAACAUCCUACAAGGCACAGGACAGUCCCCUGCAAGAAUGCAUUACCUGGCCCCUCACGUCAGUAGUGCCCAGGCUGAGAAACCCUGCCCUAGGGUAAUAAAUGGUACAGAGACAAGUGGCUAAGUUUUUAGUUUGUAGUAACCCAGCUACUUCAUGGAGACAAUGCUGCCAAGGUAGAUUACCUAAGCCACGGCUUGGCCAAGGCUCCCAAAUUCACCGUGGGUUUUAGUGCUUCUGUAAGAAAGGAAUGACCUGCUAGAAUUCCUUGUGUAGCACCCUGAAGAACUAGUAUGUAUAUGUGUACAGUAGUUAGAUGGUUUAUUAAAUACUCUAUCAACUUA